AUGCCUGGCACACACCCUAAUCCCAGUGAACAAAAUUCUAAAUACACCGAGGCGCGAUUGAAAAAGGCAAUCCAGGAUUUAAAAGAUGGAUGUUCAAUUCGCAAAGCAAGCAAAAACGGCAUCCGGAUCUUCAAAGGUUCAUAUCAUCAAAGGCCGAGAAACCUCGAGUUGAAUAGAGCGUCAGCAUGCAGGAAAGAAGUUGUUUUUGGUUGGUUUGAUGGUUUUGAAGAAUUUCUGAAUGAGCAAGGGAUCACCUGUCCCGACCAAAUUUUCAAUUGCGAUGAAUCUGGGUUCCCCCUUCAAGCAUGCUCUUCGAAGAAGGUUUGUGUCGAAAAAAUGAUGAAACGUGCUUUCCAUCUCACCAGUGCCACGAAUACCUCUAUUACGACGCUUCAGUGUAUUUCUGCCAGUGGCUUAGCGCUUCCUCCAGCUGUUCAUUUUCCUGGAAAAUCUUUAAAUCCAGAGUAUUGCAUUGGCUUCCCAAAGAAUGUUUAUCUUGGAUUUUCAGAUAACCGUUGGAUGGAAAUGUACCAUUUUUAUGCGUGGGUUACAAAUCAUCCCGUUCACCAAAUUCCACCAAAACGUUCUGUCCUUUUAUUACUUGACGGUCACCUUUCCCACAUUGACUACAACACUUUCUUCUGCAAAGAAAAUAAUAUCCUCCUAUAUCGAUUGUCUCCCCAUACGUCGCAUGUCAUGCAGCCAGCAGAUCGUGGUUUUUAAGAUGUUCAAGGGAGAGUGGCAAAAGUCAUGCACGAAGUUCUCCAUGCAAAAUCCUGGUGUCGUAUCAAAGCGCAUAUUUUCACCUGGUUAAGUCUUCGUUUAAGAGCCCUGUGAUCUGGCCGGUCGAUCGACAUGUUAUCCAGCGGUCUGCAUUCGCUCCUUCCCAAAUAUUUUAGCCAAGCAACAUGGUAACAGCUUCAACUUCAUCAACCACUGCCACUUGCACCCAUUCAUCCACCGCUGCCACUCCAGUUGAACAAGAAUUUCCGAAAGCAAAAUCUACUCCGACAAAGCCAAAUGAAGUUAAUACCCACCCUGUUUAUCAAUCUCUUUCAAGAAUAGAAGAAGUGUCAGAUUAUUUGAAGAGAGGCUUAGCGAGGGGUAUGAUGUCGAGAAUGAUGCUAUUUUCAUGGCACGAAAAAUUUUGAAGCCGAAACACGAAAGCAUUGAAAGAGUGAUAAGCGAUUCAAAUAUCAGCGUCAAGUUUACACGAAGAUCUUUGCCCGAUUAUUGCAAGUAUUUUAGUUCAUCUGGAAGUAAAAAAAAGGAGAAAUGAACUCCAUUGAAAUUUUUGUCUGAUAACUUUGAAAUGCUCAAUUCUGACCUAUUUUCUGUCGAAUUUGUUAAUAAAAUGAUAGGGUAAAAUAGGGGGCAUAAAUCCUUUGGUUGAGUCUAGCACACAGGAUUUAAUGCCAUUUAUUUGUUGAUUCAGGCUGGUGUAAUUGCCAAUUUGUUAUUAUUUGCUUAGAGAAAUUCCUAUAAAAGCGAACUCCUCACUUGUCGCUGCGGUGAAGCUUAUUGAUUCUUUCUGGUGCACCACAAGGGCGACCGGCCUAAAUCUCGUCAAUCGAAACAAUCAUGUGUUUAUCUUGCUUAUACUAGGAAACUAUUUUGAAUAUUUACCUUGAGUUCUAACGGAAUAUAAAGCAUACAUUUGGAAAGCUGCAGGUGAUAUUAAUUUUUCUUAUACGUUGGUAACUGUUUUUUACACAGCUUAAAA